AUGGCCCAGAGAAAGCUACAACGCCUCGUCGACGACGUCAUCUUGGACGACCGGUUCAAGAAGGAAGAUCUCCUCGGAUUCAACGUCGACCGCGAGCAGCGGCGACUCGACGAACAUCAGGCCGCCGGUGGGGCAUUCUCCGCUGCCGAUGGGUGGCGUGAAGCCUCAGUCAGGCUCCAUCUCCCCAGGCCCGGACUCGAACAAGAGGACGAAGAACACGCCCCUGCCUUCGUCAUCGAUAAGAUUUGGAUCCGGAGCCUCCUCGAGGUUGUGAAGGCCGGAUUGCAAGACGUAUCAGCGCGCAAGUUCCAUUGGUUCCCUCAUCGUCUUUUCCGUACUCGUGCCACCCCCGACAAACCCAAUGCCGAGCCGGAACGCUUGUUCACUGACGUAUACAACUCGAACGCCAUGAUUCGCGCCCACGAAGAAAUCCAGAGCCGCCCUCGCCACCCCGACGACGCCGCCGAUGUCGAGUAUGUCGUUGCUGGCAUCAUGGUAUACUCGGACUCCACCCACCUGACGAACUUCGGAACGGCAUCCCUUUGGCCCAUCUACGCAUUCUUCGCAAACCUUUCCAAAUAUCUUCGCCUCAAACCGUCGAUGUUCGCGGCGCACCAUCUCGCCUACGUUCCUUCGAUACCAGCCAAUCUACUCCGAUACUACGAGGAGACGUUCGGCGUGCCGGCUUCAGCCGCUGUCAUCCGUCUGCUCAAGUACGACUUGAUGCAGAAGGUGUGGCUCCUGCUGCUGGACGCGGAAUUCAUGUACGCCUUCACGCACGGUGUCAUUGUUGUCUGCGGCGACGGGAUCACACGUCGGGUCUUUCCCCGAAUAUUUCUGUACUGCGCAGAUUAUCCUGAAAAGUGCCUUGUGGCCUGCCUGAAGACCCUUGCGCGUUGCGCCUGUCCGGAUUGCACCACGGAUAAGUGCGACUUUUGGAAGAUGGGUAUGAAGAGAGAUAUGGCAGCGCGCGAGAAGAACGCACGGAAGGACACCGGACUGUUUCACGACACGAUCGCGAGGGUCCGUCGGUGGAUAUUCGAAGACGGGACCGCACCUGAUGGAACUCAUUCCGCUUUUUCCUGGCGCUUCGCAUCCUUCGGCUUCAAUGUCUACAAAUUGUUUGUGCCGGACCUUAUGCACGAAUUUGAGCUAGGUGUCUGGAAGGGGACCUUUACUCACCUCAUCCGUAUCCUCAUCGCCGAGGCACGCGACGGGAUUCAAAAACUGGAUGAACGGUGA